GCGGCUCUAAAAUACGGGAAACGGGCAGCUAUGAAGUCCGAGCAGGUCAAUUAACGGCGGAAGAGCGGUCACAGAAACUUCAACAAUUUAAUCAAUACUGAAGAAGCUUGAUAAGCAAAAAGGUAGGAUUCUGUAAGUACUAUAUAUCUCUCCAAGUCUAUCAAUUCGUCAUUUCAUGCUUCAAUCACGUUCAUUACUAGCGGACCAAUCUCUUCCCCCGAACUUCAUACAUCUUUACUCACCAUGCAGCCCGACGAGGAGCCACGCGCAGCACCACAAAGAUUCUGGGACCUGUACACCCCUAAACCACCAGUAACCGUUUCCGAGCCAGUUAAAGUGCCCCAAACCUCGAUUUCGCGAUUGGAAUUGAGCGCUGUCCCACCGGUCUCACCAGCAUCAGACGACCGAGGAGAGGCAAAAACCGUCCUCUAUCUAGCGUACGGCUCCAAUCUCUCUGCCGAGACCUUCAAGGGAAAACGCGGCAUUACACCCUUGAGCGCAGUCAAUGUUCAUGUUCCUUCAAUCGAUCUCACAUUCGAUUUAUGCGGAAUACCUUAUACGGAGCCCUGCUUCGCAAAUUGUCAAUACAGGAAAGACCAAUCAAAUGUCCCUCGGACAAAAGAUUAUCACAAGACAAGAUGGCAUAAGGGAUUGGUUGGUGUAGUCUACGAAGUGACUCGCGAGGACUAUAGGACUAUAAUAGCUACCGAGGGAGGUGGCUCAUCAUAUAAACAAGAAAUCGUUGACUGUUUUGUUCUUCCAAAAGGUAGCAAGACUGUGGACCCAAAUCCUAGUUCCUUACCGUUUAAGGCAUAUACUUUACUCUGUCCGCUCAAUGGUGAUGCGAACCGCAUUGCUCGUCCAGAUCCAAACUAUGCGCAACCAUCUGCGCGAUACCUGAAAUUGAUAACAGAUGGAGCUGAGGAGCAUGGUUUACCGCAGGAAUAUAUCGAUUACUUGCAUGACAUUAGAUCAUACACAGUCACGACAUUUAGACAGAAAACGGCGCAGGUCAUUAUCAUGACCUUUAUAUUACCUGUUAUUCUAGCGCUGUUCGGACUGGGGAAGAUCUUUGCAGACAAGAAUGGCAAGCUUCCGGAUUGGCUAGCUAACGCAAUGCUCACAUUAUUUAGAUACGUUUGGAUGGUGUAUGAUAGAGUUCUGAAGAAUAGAUUUGGCGAUGGGGAGAGGACAAUAGAGAGAAAUGGAGAUGGCAUUAAAGAGAUGGAUUUGGAGAAGAGCUGGGACGAGAAAAAGGUGCCUCUGCUGUGAAAUCAACAGCGGGAGACACUGGACGUCGAUUUUGAGCAGUGCACAUUUGAUAGAGGUCUUUGUACAUAUCGGGUGCAGCAUACACAUUGUAUUAUAGAGGAAAUAGCUAAUGUAUUUUUUGUA